AUGUCAGCAUAUGAUAGGAUCGCGUGGCAUAAAUUUCUCGAGUCGCACGAGGCAGGUAUCGAGAAGUCCUGCGUACGGUCAGUGCAAGUGGCCGACGAGCAUGAGACGGGCGAGUAUGUUGAAGAACGGGUCGGGUCGAAUGCGGGUCGGUUUGCGCAGGUCGUGUUGCAUUGGAGCCACGAGAGUUCGCUACCCGUGUCGAGUACCAUGGUAACAUUCUGCGGUGGCGUGCCGACUGAUAGAGAGACGGUUAGGGUUACAUUGUGGGUGAAUUGGAGUUUGUUCGGGAUUUCUCGGGUUUUGAGGGGAAGGGCUAGGGUUUUGCUGAGAGGCCUGAGAUGGGUCGAUUUUGGGACGAAGAAAGGCUCGGUUGAUGAGAAAACGGGUUGGGUUUCGAGCACGAAGAAUGUUGUGGAGAGUGAGAGUAAUAGGUUGGGGGAGUUCAUGGCAGAGUUUAAUAGUAGCAAUGGGCAUGGAGUGCUUUUUGGGGAGAUGAUGAAUAGUGAACAAAAUUAUAAUUCAAAUACAGCUUAUAUUUCUAAUCCGAAUAAUGAUGGUGACUGGGGAAAUUGA